AAUAGCUUCAAACUUUGACCAAAUUUGUUUGUUCUCUCUUGUUUUCAUCGACGACUCUUGACUUUGCUGAGAAGUUGUGUUUAUCUUUUGAUCGAAAUCAACAAAAGAAGAAGAAGGAGGAGGAGAAGAAUCUGAUCUGCAAUUUUCUUACGGGGAAUUGAAAGAAAGAUGGGUUCUUUCAAGGGUCAUGCUUUGCCAGGUACAUUGUUCCUUGUGGUUGGAGUAUGGCACAUUUGGAGCUCAGUGGUUCGAUUCAUAUCGAAUCCUAGUUCGUUUCGGGUUCGAGUUUGGCACCCUGUUCCUGGAUUUAAUGAUAGGAUCAAGUACUUGGAGCUUUAUGUUGUUACUAUUGGCUCGUUCAUUGACUUGUGCAUUGAGUUUUUGUAUUCAACUCAUCUCAAGUUCUUUGUUGAUGGUGUUUUGAAUCCUUCCCACAUGAAUGAUUUUGAGCACUCUGGGAUGCUUCUUAUGUUCUUCAUCCUCGGAUUUAUCGCUUUGCUCUCCGAGAAAACGAGGUUACUUCCUCUGCCACAAGAAGCUCUAUGCUUAAUUGCUGCAACAGCCUUUACAGCAGAAUGUCUUCUCUUCUUCUUCCACUCCACAAGCCACAAAGGUCUUGAAGGUUAUUACCAUCUCCUCCUCGUCUUUCUCAUUGGUCUCUGCGUCAUCUCCUCAAUCGCAGGAGCAAUCUGCCCUACAAGCUUCCCAGUAGAUCUAUGCAAUGGCAUUGCAAUGACUCUUCAAGGCCUCUGGUUUUACCAGACAGCUUUCACUCUCUAUGGCCCUAUGAUGCCUCAAGGCUGUAGUUUAAAACAAAACUCUGUAGUUUGCAGAUCAAUCGAUUCCGAAGUCUCUGGAGAGUUUCUGGCUAAUUUUCAGCUGUUUUCAUUGGUUCUUGCUGUUCUUGUCUGCGUUGUGGGUUCAUAUGUUUAUGCAGCUUCAAGAUUUGGAGUUAGUAGAACUGUGAACAACUCAUGGGCGUUUCCUGGUUUCAUGAUACCACUUGAGAUGUUAGCAUUUGAAUCUAUUCCAAAACUAAAGAACGAGUGCCAAGAAGAUGUCGAACACGCAAACAAUGCAUGUCCAAGGAUGUGCAAGAAGAAGUUCAUAAAAUCAGGUGGUACUGGAUUUCCGUUGGAAUUUUUUUGUAAUGCUCUUGGAACUACGAAGGAUAUUCAUAGUAUAUUGGUACCUGAGUUGGAUGAGCAACCUCUUCUGGCUCACAUCGUAGAAGACACGACAAAUGUUGACCCUAUUGUUAGCAGUUGGAUGCAGCUUUUAACCAUAGAAAAAGUUGAUAUUCUGGAAAGAUCUUUACGAGAAAGAUCAGUCAAACCGAGUAGUGAAAAAGAGAGCCUGGCCUGAGUCUGCGACAUGUGCUUCCAGAAGAAAAAGAAAACGUACCA